AUGAUUAGUUAUUCACCAACAAUGAUCAUUCAAACAUCAUCACAUCAAUUAAUAGAUGAACAAAUAAAACUUUUAAAUCGUGAUCCAACUUAUGUUCCACCAUGUCAAAUAUAUGUAUCUUCAUCAUUUAUAUCCAUGAAUGAUGUGACUCAAAAACAAUAUAAACUAUUACAACAUCAUCUAAGUAUUCUAUUUGCAAAACAUAAUACUAAUACAUCAGAAGGAAUGUUUAUCAAUAAAGACAUUAAAGACACAUUUAUCAAUUAUUUUUCUCUUCCAUUACCAUUAUCUCUUUAUCAACGUGUUCUUCAUGAAAAACAAUUAGUAGAAUCAAUUCGAGAACAUUUACAAAUGAAUAAUCUCAUUUUAAGACGAACAGCUGAUGAAACAAAUAAAAAUACACUAACAGUAAAACCAAUCAUUGUAUCACAAUGCAGUGCAACAUCUCGAAUAGCACAGUUUUUGGAUCGUCUAAUUCGACCAGUAGUCGAACGUAGUACAAAUUCAACGACAUUUAUGAAUGGAGCUGAUUUUAUGAGAAAAUUAAACAGAUAUGUUGACGACGAACAUCGUCUUCAACCAAAAACAAAUUAUAUAACAAUGAAAAUUUCCAAUUAUUAUACAAUGGUAUCAAAUGCAGCCAUGCUUGUUGUACUUGAAGACUAUUUAAAUCAUAAUCUGGCUUUGCCAGUUAUAGAUGGUACACCGAUUCAAAAAAUUGUUAAUUUAACUGCUAAUGAAACAGCUGCUAAAUUUCAACAAGUUCUUCAAUGUCUUCGUACUAAAUAUCCAAAUGUUGCACUAGAAGUAAACAUCGGUUUUAAAUGUCAAUUCUUACAUGCACAUAUAGAAAAUCUAAAUGGUACACUAUAUAGUCGUGCCUAUCAUGAUCCGAAUAUUCAAAAAUACACAUUACCCUAUGUGAUUGGUGAUUCAACAGCAGCACAUAGUCAUUGGUUUCGAUCAGCUCUCAUUCGGGCUCUUCGUUAUUAUACAUCUGUUUAUGAUUUUGAUUAA